AGUGAGAGAUUGAAGAGAUGAGAUACGACGAUAACGAAGAGGAGGAGGUGGCAGUUUCUUGAGCGAGAGAGGCGAUCAUCAUCUCGGGGAUCAUUUUCCGCGCUCGUGAGCACACGUCACGUCACGUUUUUUUCUCCACACGUUCUCGCUCCCGAGGAGGGGAGCGACGACGCGACGCGACGCCACGCGUCGCGGUGUCCGGUCGCGAAAGGAAGAGGGUAGUACUUGGAGGAGUGCGCGAGAGCAGAGGAAGAGAGCCGCCGCUGCUGAUAAACAUGUCACGUCCGCGCCAGAGGAGAUCGCACGACGCGCGUCAAUCCAGGUCCAAGUCCCGAGCUGUCAUCGUCGUCGCUGCCAAAUAAGUCCACGCGGCACGAAGAUGGCCUCGUCCACGAGGAGAUCCUGGAAGCUCCAGGAAUUUGCUGCCCAUACGCCAAAUGUCAAUUGUCUGGCGUUAGGCCACAAAUCUGGUCGUGUCUUGGUAACUGGCGGUGAUGACAAGAAGGUAAACCUAUGGGCCGUUGGAAAGCAAAAUUGUAUUAUGAGCCUGAGUGGCCAUACUACUCCCAUAGAAUGCGUACGUUUUGGCCAAACGGAAGAUCUCGUAUGUGCUGGCUCACAGACAGGUGCAUUGAAGAUUUGGGACCUGGAACAUGCCAAAUUAGCACGCACACUAACAGGACACAAAUCUGGAAUACGAUGCAUGGACUUCCAUCCUUACGGGGAACUGCUCGCUUCCGGGAGUUUGGAUACAGCAAUCAAAUUAUGGGAUAUUCGCAGAAAAGGUUGCAUCUUUACAUACAAGGGCCACAAUAGGACUGUGAAUAGUUUAAAAUUCAGUCCUGACGGACAAUGGAUCGCCAGUGCUGGGGAGGAAGGAAUGGUUAAGCUGUGGGACCUAAAGGCUGGUAGACAACUAAGGGAAUUUUCGGAACACAGAGGUUCGGCCACAACCGUCGAAUUUCAUCCACAUGAAUUCCUAUUAGCCAGCGGCAGUGCCGACAGAACGGUUCACUUUUGGGAUUUGGAGUCAUUUCAACUCGUAUCUUCCACAGAACAAAAUUCUUCAGCCAUACGGUGCCUAUACUUUAGUCAAGGCGGGGAAUGUCUGUUCGUUGGUGGUCAUGACGUUUUAAAGGUUUAUGGCUGGGAACCAAGUAGAACAUUGGACACAAUACCCACUGGUUGGGGAAAGAUCCAGGACAUAGCCAUUGCUCAAAAUCAAUUGAUCGGCGCGAGUUUCCACACCGCGAAUGUCACCUUGUACGUGUGCGAUCUGAAGAAAAUCGCGCCACUGGGAGGAAUAUCGGCUGUCAAUUCGCCGUUUAGUCAUGGAAAUUCCCUGAGAAAGAGCUUUUCCAGGGAACGACCGAUCGGAUUAAAGAAGCACACAUUGGAUGUACGAACGAUAGAAGAGGCGGACAAAUCCGGCACAGAUCCAGAGGAUGAGGCCACUUACGCGGAUAUACCCAACGUAACCGACUACAGGAACGUUUUCCAACCGAGCAGGGCGUUGUCUCGCACACCACCUCCCGAAUCCUCCGAGGCUUUCCAGGAGCCUCUUGAUAUAGAUCCGACGCAGCCGCAGAUACUACAAAAUCUCUCUACCUCAAUGUCGAACCUGAACACAAUGGAGCGCGAGGAAGUUCCGCCGGUGUCGUUACCAUCGUCGCCGCCUCCUCCGGCGCCCACGUUAUCCUUGAUGAAGCCGGUGCCGGUGCCGGUGCGCGUUCAACCGAUCAAGUCGUCGCCGCCGAUUCAGAGGAAUCCGAUCACGUCGACGAGCCAGAUCAGGGCGAAUCUGCAGGCGAACAAUAGCCUUAAUCAACGAGCCUCCAAGAACUUCGCGUCUAUACCGCCAUUGAGGCAGAACAUCACGCCGCUUCCAGGCAAAAGGAUGAACACCACCGAUCAAGCGGUGUCAGCGUCACCUCAACCCUUAGGACCGCAAAGGUCGAACUCAACCCUAACGCCGCGCGUCGCGCCGAUGGCCGCGGUGAUUCCCGUGAUGGACGAUGGCAAGCUGAAGAAUAGAGUACCUAGCCCGGACUCUCCGAAGCAUUACCUGAAAAGGCAGAGCAGCAGGGACGGAGAGCAGCAGGGAUACGAAAGCGAUUAUCCUGUACAAAUUAAUAGCAUAAACAUAAGGCACAGUCCAUCCGAUCCCGCGCUGAACAGGCCGAACACCGCGCAAUCGAGGUCGACGUCGCUCAAUCGAAACUUCGCUACCUCAACCGCGCUGUCGGCGCGCAAUGCCUCCACGACAACAUCGAUGUUUAUGAAGAAGCUACCUAAUAAGGCGCAAAUUCCGCCAACCAAGGUCGACGUGCGCGUCUCGCAGAUAAGAAACAACGUCGAAGAUACAGAAAAGGAGGAACUAGUGCCGAUGAGCGCCGACAAGCCUUAUGGUUUGGAUGUGGAAAAUUUCCUACCCCACAGUUACUCUGGUUCCACAUCGUUAGAUUAUUCUCAGAUGGGCGUGCUGACGGAAAUGUCGGAAGCCGAGGUAUUGAACAGUAUGAUGCGCAGUCAUGACUCGAUGAUGGUAGUACUUAAAAGUCGGCAUCGCUCGUUACAAAUCAUACAUUCCCUCUGGCAGAACAAAGAUCUCAAGGCCGCGGUGGAAUCUGCAGUCGCGAUGAAUGACCUGGCAAUCAUCGUGGAUCUCUUGAGCAUUCUCACAUUAAAACCAGCGAUGUGGAACUUGGAUCUGUGCAAUUGCCUACUGGGUCCCAUUAGCGAUCUCCUUCAAAGUAAAUACGAAAUGUAUAUAACGGUAGCUUGUUCGGCAUUAAGACUUAUUCUUCGCAACUUCGCACCGGUGAUCAAAUCCAACGUGGAAGCGCCUCUUCACACGAUCGGCGUCGACGUAUCGCGAGAGGAGCGGUACCACAAGUGCCUCUCUUGCUACGAGAAGCUCUCGGCGAUACGGGCGAUUCUGUUGAAGAAGCAGCCGACGUCCGGGAAACUCGGCGCCUCGUUCCGCGAGCUGGCUGUGCUCAUUAGGAAUCUGGAGUGACCGACGCUGCGUCGUCUGAGACCCUCGUGAAUUCGACCGCCAAAUAUCCUCGUCGGUUUCUCACCCCGAUGACGAGGGUCGCCAGGAACGCCGAGGAGCAGCAACGAAGCCUGUCGUCGCCUCGCAUCGAGGAAGACGCGUCUGUAAAAAUUCAUCCUUGCUGCUUGAUCGAUCGCCUCCUCCUCGUCAUUAUCAUCCUCGCGGCUGUCCCGAUUCUCUGGAAAAAAAAGCGAACAAAAUUGCGAGAUUUAUUCUUUACUCAUUUACCAAACGGCCUGACGAGUCGUGAAGUUAUUGAUGAAAAAGAGAGAGAGAGAGGGAAAGUAUUGUUGAUGAAGAUAAGAAAAGAAAGAAAUUUGUUUGAAGAAAAGCGAAGUUAUAAAAUGAAAGGCGGGUGAAAGCGAGGAAAAGCACUAUCGCCAAAUGUGUUUAAUGCUAUACUGAAGCAUCAGGAAGCGAUCUUAUUGGUUUUAUUCGAUAUAUCAAUUUUUCUGGAUAUUUUUAAAAAAUUGUUCCCUUUUAUAACUUAUUCAAAUCUAAUUUAAAUUAAAAAUUAUUGUUUUAAGAAACUUUAAUUCAAUAAAUA